UUAGUUUUCAUUCAUUUUACUUUAGAAUUAAACUAGUAUUCACCAUCUUUGAGCGCAAAGUAUAUUAACAGCAUGGCUUCUAAAUUCGAAACCUUCAUAAAAUUUAGCACCGACUCAGUCGGCCUAGAACGAACCUUCCGACUUCUUCAAGCAACCGUCCAAAUCUUCUCAUCCUACACCCUGCCCUUCGACUUGUUGCUCUUCACCCUGAGUCUCUGGGCGACCAGCAUCCCCUCAUCCUCCGGCAUCCGGAGCACCCUCGGUCUCCUCAACCAACGUCUAGGCCUAGCCCGGCGCUAUCUACGACUAUUCCGAUUCCUCGAGUCCUUCAACGCCGCUCAAAAACUAUACUCACAACUCUCCUCUGCUCCGUCUUCACCCCAGGAGAAGAGCGCGAUUGCGAAGAUUACACCAUGGCUCGAUGUCUUCGCCAAGACCUUUAACGGCAUGUACUUCCUCCUCGAAGCCAGCACUUUACCCCACGCACUCCAAAUCCCAGGCUUAUCCGUCUGGGGUCUUGAACGCGAACGCGUUGUUGCUAUCGAGGCGCAGCGUUUCUGGCUAUUCGCGCUGGUAUGCGGGUUAUUGCAUAACUUACUCCAAAUCCCACUCGCCGUGUCUUCCGCUCCGCCACCGGUAGGAUCGGCUUCUACCACGACUAGCGAGAAACAAGAUUCCCAGACCGAGGCAGAGAAGAAAGACUCGGAAAAUGUAUCAGAGAAAGGACCAACCGACGACAUGAACGGCCCUGAAUUCCGCGAGUGGACACGGAACCGCGUCAAGGAAGUCAAAGAACGAACUCGUCUCCGCCGCCGCCAGAUUCUAACUAAGGUCCGCAAGUUGGGUCGCGGGGCAGCCACUAACGCGCUUGAUAUCCUGAUUCCGGGUACAUUUGUUGGAUGGAUUAAUGUUGAGCCCGGGACUGUUAGCGUGGCUAUGUUCGUGACGACGAUAUUGACCUCUAUGGACGUAUGGGAGAGGUGCGGACGUGAGGUGGCUGGAAACUAGACGUGGGGGGUUGAUUGCACCCUUUAGAUGCGACAAGUAUGUCGUUUUUCGGGUCUCAGGAAUUACGAGAAUAGAAAGUCGGAUUAUAACUAGAACCUGGUACUCUGAUUUAUGAUGACUAUGAGGACAAUACGACAUGGCUCUGUCAAUUUGGAAUUACUUCAUUGCAUCGGAACUGUCACAG